UCACAGCGCGCCGCGGCAGCGAGACAGACAGCUGAGUCACACACGCUCACAGACCCGGAGAAACAGAACCGACAGUGGGGCUGAAUAAAGAGCGACAAAACCACAGCCGUGACCGCAGUGAAAGUGUGGCCUCAGCUGCCCCCGUCGACACCAUGCUGACCAUCACGCUGAAGACGCUGCAGCAGCAGACCUUCAAGAUAGAGAUAGACCCCGAAGUGACGGUGAAAACCCUGAAGGAGAAAAUAGAGGGCGACAGAGGAAAAGAUGCGUUUCCUGCUGCUGGACAGAAACUCAUCUACGCAGGUAAAAUCUUAAAUGAUGACACCCCGCUCAAAGAGUACAAAAUAGAUGAGAAGAACUUCGUGGUUGUCAUGGUAACCAAGCCAAAAGCAGCGCCUGCUCCAAAAGAGGCCCCUCAGCCGUCUCCUCAACCCGCUGCAGCUUCAGCACCAGCCUCCUCCUCCUCCACCUCACCACCAGCCUCCGGCCCGGCACAAGUAGCCUCACCACCGACACAAGCGGCGUCCGUGUCUGAACCUGCUCCACAGUCAGUGCCUCUCUCUGAACCCCCGUCCUCGUCCUCAGUCCCAGAAAACACAGCGACAGAUUCUGCUGAAGCAGCAUCAGCAGCAGCUCUGGACUCAAAGGCAGACUCGGCUCCAGCUGUGACUCCAGCUGAUGCUCCAGCUCCUGAAGCUGUUCAGCCAGCCUCGGCCACUGCAGACACGUCUACACCCGCUGCACAGCCAGAAGACACUCCGAAGGAAAACCCAGAGGAUCAGCCUUCGAUCACGGAACCAGAGCAAUCAUCUGCCUCCAGCCUUGUUGAUGAACUGGGACUCCUUGAAGAAGCGGCGUCAAUACUGGUAACAGGCCCCGCCUAUGAGAACCUGGUGUCUGAGAUCAUGUCCAUGGGUUAUGAGCGGGAGCAGGUCGUCGCUGCGCUCAGAGCCAGCUACAACAACCCGGACCGAGCGGUGGAGUAUCUGCUCAUGGGGAUUCCAGCAGAGGCCGCUGAUCUCCCAUCUCAAGAACCAGUGAGACACAGUGCUCCAUCUAACCCCCCGAUCCCUGCGACACAGCCACCACAGCAGCCCACAGCACCCUCAAACACAGGGCCGGUGUCUGUCAGUCAGCCUCCUCCUCCCUCUGCUCCCUCCACUGGUGGUGGAGGAGGCUCUGCUCCGCCCAUGGCGAACCCUCUGGAGUUCCUGAGGAACCAGCCUCAGUUCCAGCAGAUGAGACAGAUCAUCCGGCAGAACCCAGCGCUUCUACCAGCGCUGCUGCAGCAGCUCGGCAGAGACAACCCACAGCUGCUGCAGCAAAUCACGCAGCACCAGCAGCAGUUUGUACAGAUGCUGAACGAGCCACGGGGUGGUGGCGGCGACACGGGAAGCGAGGGAGCCGAGGCCCAGGGUCCACCACAAACCAACUACAUCGAGGUCACCCUACAGGAGAAGGAGGCCAUCGAGAGGUUAAAAGCACUGGGCUUCCCUGAAGGCUUAGUCAUCCAGGCUUACUUUGCCUGCGAGAAGAACGAAAAUCUGGCCGCAAACUUCCUUCUACAACAAUCGUGGGACGACGAGUAGUCAAGCGUCACGUGACAUCAUCACCGCUCAACAAGAGGGGCCCCCGGAGAGGAGGACGACGAUGACGGGAGGUCCAGAGGGAAGGAAUGAGGGAAUGUAGGAGGGGAGGAGAGGAAAGACGACAUAUCUUUUCGCGCCAUCGCGACAGUGGUCCGAUGGUGGCAGUGACAAUGAUGAUGAUUUUGCUGUUCAAAGUUCGCUGUGCCGCCUGCUCUCUCCAUUCUGCUGUGUUGAUGAGCUCACACUGAGCCGUGCCUCACCACUGCUGCGUUGUUGCUGCUGCCGCUUGUGCUGAGCGAUCACACUGAGAGACGUCACACCAGGAGACGCAUGUCAACAGCCUGCAUCACCUCUCACUGUAGAGGCCGAUCAACAGUGGCUGUUUCUAUGGGUUUUUUUUUGGGAAUUCAGGGCAGUCAAUGGGUGAUAAUGAUGCCAAUUGUUUCGUCAUUUUUUUCCUCCAUCUGAUAAAAUAUACGAACACUAAUGGUGUAUUUCCACCGGCUCUAAUCGGCUCGCCACACCACUAGCAUAGUACCUGGUACCAGGUACUAUUUUUAGUACCUGCUCCGGGGAGGUUCCGAAAGCGUGCUGAGAAGGUAGUGUGCGAUGAUUGGUCAGGUGUGUGUGUGCGUGUGUCACAUAUAAAACACAGUCACCACAGUUUCACGCAGCCAUGCAGCGAUGACUCCGCCCACGUUGAGUAGGUACUUUUUAUUGUAGUGGAAAUGCAACCUAACCGCGCGUGUCGUGCCGUGGAAAUACGCCAUAAUGGUCUGUCUGCAGUGCAAUUUUAGACAAUUCUCAAUUCUCAAUUAAAAGAAUGCAUAAACCUGUGAAUAAGGUCGUUCCAAAGCUAAAAUAAGACAUUUUUGGGUGAAAAAAAACUUCACUUUUAGCAAAAUUUAUCAAGUUGCUGAGAACAGAAAUGUGUAAUUUGUAAUAAUUAUUUAAAAAAUGGGCAAAUAUCGGCCCCAACUGAUUACACAGAUAUGCAUUACACUAUCCUGCCCUGUUGAUUAACCUGAGAGUGUGAUGCAAACUGUUGACUUGACUGUUUUUGGGAUUGCACAUUGCUUUACCUUAAAGGGAUAGUUCAGGUUUUUUAAGUGUGGUUGCACAAUGUUUGCCAUGCGUGUGAGGAAGAAGCAUGAGAGGUUGUUUUGUUUUCUGCAUUAUCUCGCCGUUAGACAACCUUUUCCUUUUGAGUCGUUUAACCGUUCACGUAUCCUCCAAACUUCAUUGAGAAAAUCAUCAUUUUUAGCUCACAGGAACACAGUGGCUGCUGGUCUGCUGCUGCCUCAUUUGGUCUUUUUUUUUAAACACUGACAUCAUAAAACAACACAUUUGAAUUUGCUGAUGGAGGCAGCAGUGGAUCAACAACUCCUGUGUGCUGUGAUGUAAAAUCACUGGAUUUCUCUAUGAGCUUUUGUGUGAGGAGAGCGAGCCGUUUACAAACAUAAUAUUUCCAGAUAGAAAUGGCGUCAAAGCAGAUAGCAGAUAUGGAUUUGUGGGCCUUUUGUUAAGUGGUGAAAAUCAGUUUUUCUGGUGACACCAUAAAACCACCCUUUAAAAAACCUGAUGUCUAUUUCUGAUCAUUUCAUUUUGGUUGGUUUUUUUUGUCCUGUGUUUGUGUAUUGAGUGGGAGACUGAGUGUUUGCGGCCAGAUGGAGCCUCAGGUUUUGUUGCUUCUGUUGUUUUUGGACGUUAAGGAAAUGGCUCAUGAAGUGCCACGCUGCUGCCUACUCUGCCAGCCAGAUAUGAUUUAAUCACUACUGUUCUGAGAGGAAGUUUUCUGUAUUUCCUCAGCUGACGUCACAUGACUCAGGGUGUUUACACCGCCAUGUUGGCAGGAAAAACUUAAAGGUACCACUGCUGGUUUCAAGCUUUAAGAGUUCACUGUGCACUUUAAAAUCCAUAGAGAUCGAGCAAAACUGAACUAUAUCUGAUCCUUACACUACCCCCUAGUGAUUGACACGAGUAUAGAAACAGCCGGAGUGAACGUUAUACCAACUUUCUAAUAAAGUUGUCCUCAUUUUACUAGAAAAUUCUCACACAUCGCAAUAAAAGUGCGCAAAAUUAACAAGAUAUUUAAGUGAAUUAGCUGAGGUUAAGUCAGCAGUUGAGGGGAAACUUCACUUAUGACGACCAUCUUCCUUUCUUUGCCAAAUAGAAUAAAUGUUUUAUGAAUGUCAUUGUGUUUCAAAAUACAGUUACACACAUAUGCACGUCAACAUCAUUUUGGAGUCGUUUCCCUUAAGUUUCCCCUUAACUGCCAGCCGGGAAGCUGCAAAUCUGGAUGCAGACUUCAGCUUCUUGAUUAACUCUGUCUUCUAUGCUCACUCUGCUGUCCUCAGGACCUUCUGUGAUUUGGUCUCCUGGUCAUCCUGGUUCACGACAUCUUUCCACCACCUUAACUUUUUAUAAAAAAAAAACAGCGGGUGAAGAGAGAUAUUACCAUGUAAAAAACAAAAUACUGCCAAUUAUAAAUUCUAAAUCUAUGUGAACAGUGACACUUCCUGGCAAAAUGGCGCUGUUUUGGUUGCGUGACCUCAGCUAGCGGAGUUCUAUUGUUGCGUUUCCAUUUGUAGUCGGAACUCGGAAUUUUUUAAUCUCGGAAACUCGGGAUUCCCAGAGGGCUGCCACCAUACAAACACGGCUACUUUUACCGUUAAUAGCCUAAUUUUUGUUGUAUUUGUCUCACAGUAAUUCGUAAAUUGUACACAUCGUACCGUUUAAUUUUUAAUCGUAGACACGUUGUUGCGCUGUGAGUGCACUAAAUAUCUUGUAGAGCGUUGUUGUUGUUAUUUACUUUUUUAAUUUUUUAAUUUUACUAACAGUGGCUAGCCCAAAAUGCAAUUUUUUCAGUUCCGACUUCUUAAUUUGAACUCUGGGUCUAUGUCUCUGCUUCCGAGUUCUGCCAUAAAAGGAACGCAGCAUUUGCAGCCCCGCCCAUUUCCCCACCCUUUUCUAUGCCUCGCUGUUCAAACACAGCUCAUUUUUCCUGAUGAUGUUGCAGUUUUACCAACGUAGUGUUCUGAAAAUAUAGUGACGACAUUUAAUUAUCGAUAAACAACAACAAAAAAAGAAAGUGCUCGCAGCCAAAACAAAUGAACAAGUCCUAUUUUCAGUGUCCGGCAUGUGCUUUGCUGUUUCUCCUGUUGUUUUUCUUUGUUUUAGUUUGAACUGGAAGUGAAUGCAGGUGUUGUAUCAUGUCAUAUAUUGUGUAAAGGGUGUAACUGCAGACUUUGGGGGGGAAAGGUGAAGAGGCACUUUACUGUGACGGAGACGCUGCUCGAACUCGUUGACAGGUGGUUGGUUGCAUGAAGUGAUGAGACCAAUGUGGUGUUUGCUCUCAUCUCAGUUUAUCUGUUGAUUUGUUUUGUUUUUGGGGUUUAUAAUGAAAAAUAAUGAUGAUAAUAAUAAUAAUUACAACCUUAAUACAUAGACAUUGGUUGAGGUUUUGCUGAAUAGUUGUGAAUGAAUAAAAAAACAAACUUUUUGUUUCAACAUUGUGUAAAAUAAAGUGCUUUUACAGAG